AUGAUUCCUAAGAAAGUUUACGAACUCUGCCGGAGUGGCGCAUCUGUGACCGCCGAACUUGCCAAAGACCCAACCUUGUCUCCGCAUGAGGCCGCGAAGAAGCUGUUUCAUUUUGACAUUGAGGACCAGAAGGUGUCUAAGAAGGUCACUCUGGGUGAAGAACGAGACGAAGACCUCGAGCAAGCUCGCGCAUGCGGGAAUUGGGGAACCUCUCAGCCCAGCAAGUUAUUUCUGCGUAUAUUUCAUGAUGUACUAUGUACCUUGGAACGGAACCCUUUGGUGGGCGUAUGCUCUCCAUCGCUCCUAGGGAGUAAUGGCGUGUGCCCGCUCACUAUCAUGGCGCCCAUUCCCGACAUAUGCAGGCACAUGUCAAAUGUUAUAGCUCGAGCAGAGCAUGAAGUCUACCUGGCCACAAAUUUCUGGAUGCAUUCCGAGCCGACCCGGCUGAUCACCAAUGCCUUGAGAGAGCUCUCACGAAAAGCGGUCGCAACGAAUCGUCGAGUUGUGGUCAAGAUCAUCUAUGAUCGUGGUAGCCCAAAGCAGUUCAUACAUAACCAUCUUGUGGUCAAGCCCAACACCUAUGCAGACCCCGAAGGACCUAUCAGAAUGCCACAUCCCGACGAGCUCCCGAAUGUGGAUCUAGAGGUUGUCAACUACCACCAGCCUAUAUUUGGCACAUUUCAUUGCAAGUAUAUGGUGGUCGAUCGCAGCAUCGCCAUAAUCCAGAGCAACAAUAUCCAGGACAACGACAAUCUCGAGAUGAUGACCCAAUGGGAAGGCCCGAUUGUCGAUUCCUUCUACGAUAUGGCGCUUAUCUCGUGGCAUAACGCGCUGAAGCCUCCGCUUCCGCUGCUAAAUCGACCGGCUGCAGGACAGCCGAUGCCUACUUUCCACAACGAGACACAUGCUACCCUGUUCGACGAGAAUGGCAAAUUAGUACCAGUCUAUCAUGCGACGGACGCAAUCCCUGAAGGCCAUGAGAACCUACGAGAGCUUGCAGAUGUGGCAUCGCAAACCGAGAUGCCUAUGCACACUUCUCAGGACCCACACUACGACCCGGACAUUAGGUCGGAAGUGAUGCGAGCAGCAGCGGCAAUGAAACCACGGCAAGGCGAAAGACGUAUUGAUGCAGUCACCCGCCUUCUCAAUACCACCAUCCAGCCGGACACGAAAGCCAGCGCGCUCGACAUCGAACCUGCUGAUGCAAUGACACCUCUCAUCCCAAUCCCCAAGCAUGACCCGGUGCCGGUGGCCAUGGUCUGUCGUGAGCCGUGGGGCAGCCCAGGCAAGAGCUCGCUGUACACUCCGCAGAACGAAGCAUUUGCCUCUGCUCUUCGACAUGCCGAAAAGUCGGUCUUUAUCCAGACGCCGGAUCUGAACGCCGAAGACCUUCUUCCUGAGAUCGUCAAGGCUUGCCGUCGAGGAGUCCACGUAACAUAUUACUACUGCCUCGGGUACAACGAUGCUGGAGAGCUGCUGCCCGGACAAGGGGGACACAAUGAGAUGAUUGCACACGAAUUAUAUCAAAAGAUCGGACCAGAGUGUCACCAGAUUCUGGACGUCUACGCCUAUGUGGCCAAGGACCAAGUCCAUCCGAUCCACAACAAGUUUAAGAAGCGAUCUUGUCAUAUCAAAGUCAUGAUUGUCGACGGUCAUAUCGGUAUACAAGGCAAUGGUAACCAAGACACCCAGAGCUGGUAUCACAGUCAAGAGAUCAAUAUCAUGUGCGACAGUGAGUUGAUCGUUGGCAAGUGGAUGGAGGGGUUGAGGCAGAACGAGAAUACCCAUAUUUAUGGGAAGGUGGAAAGCCAAGGGCCGGACGCUGGCUGCUGGAAGGAUCCGCAAACAGGAAAGCAAGCUGAGGGAGCGAUCGGCGUGGAUCCAGGGAAAUUCGCAUGGGCGAAGGGGGUGAUAGGCGCUGUACAGCGAGUGCGAGGAGCGGGCGGAUUUUGAUAUGGCGCACAACAUGGGACACCCCCUCUGAUGUAUGACAACAGCACGGUCUUGCUGAUAUGGUAAUGCGACAGGAUUGUUAUGAGACUUGGAAUGAUGAAACUGCCCAUACAUCGAUGCAAACUCC